ACUUUGACCCGAAGUUCUAGCCAGAGGAAAGGCAGCCCUGGGAAGCAGGGGGGGAGUGAGUGCUCAGUCAGCCUUGGAGGAGCGGAGAUCUUGAACCUCAAAUUGGAAGCUCCUGGACGAGCGGUGAUCCAUGGAGGGAAAUUUCUAGAUCUGUCCAAGGAGAAGGCCCUAUUUCAGAGCUGAGAUGCUUUGGAAAUUACCCAGAGCACAUCUCCAAGAACCGGAUUCUCCUUCCAGAGAGGACAGUGAAUUUCGCUCAAGCUUGGAAGCUGAGGUAAAUCAGGCACAUUCACCUUGGAGAGGAAAAUGCAUUGUGUGCCUUUGUUCUGCUUCUUGUGGUUUUGCCACCACCUCUACUACAACCAAGCGGUACCCAUACGGAAAGUCCAAGAUGACACAAAAACCCUCACCAAGACCAUCAUCACGAGGAUCAACGACAUCUCGCACAUGUACUCAAUUUCUGCCAAACAGAGGGUAACUGGCUUGGACUUCAUCCCAGGACUCCAUCCCUUCCAGAGUUUGUCAGACAUGGACCAGACUUUGGCCAUCUACCAGCAGAUCCUCUCCAAUCUAUCUUCCAGAAACAUGGUUCAAAUAUCCAAUGACCUUGAGAACCUCAGAGACCUUCUCCAUUUGCUGGGUUCCUUAAAGAGCUGUCCCUUUGAUGAAGCUGAUGGUUUGAGUGCUUUGGGGAAUUUGGAAGGUGUCAUGGAAGCCUCACUCUAUUCCACGGAAGUGGUGACCCUGAGCCGACUUCAGAAAUCCCUAUAUGGCAUGCUCCAACAGCUGGAUCUCAUCCAUGGUUGCUGAAGCUAGAGACAGAGAGAGGGAGAGAGAGAGAGAAAGAGAAAGAGAAGGAAAAAAGAGAGAGAGAGAGAGAGAGAGAGAGAGAGAGAGAGAGAGAGAGAGAGAUUUCCUCUGGUUCAUGAAAAACCUAGAGUAGAAAACUUCUUUAGAUUUCUUCAGCAAAAUCUAGACUUUUGACUGUAUCUUUACCUGGGAUAUAAGAUGGUACCUAUGAAUCCUCCCAGUCAUAUCCUCCAAAGCAAAACAAAAGUCAUAUACAGCUGGAAGCUAAAGAUCUACACAUAUACCAAAAUUUGGCUCAAGUUGCCAUUCAAUGAACAGUGGGUACAUCAUAGUGUGAUUCUUAUUGAACUCUUCAGCUACUGACAGAGCUGAUAUCUAUCCCUUCUUCACCUCCUUGCCAAACCCGCUCCCCUGUCUUCCCCCAAACCCCUACUACACAUUAAUGUGAGCAGUCGUGACUUCAGGCAAUGGGAACUUUAAUUUUUCCCUCUAACUUCGAAGAGUCAUCAGAAGAUUUCAAUCUGAAAUAACACUUGUGGGGAGCCCCAUUUUGAAUUAUUAAGAAAUGGCCCCCAGAUGCUGUUGGCAACUCCUAAGUGGCACGACUUAGAAUCUUUUAUUUAUUGUUGGUUUUUUGUUUUUGUUGUGGUUGUUUUUGCUGCAUUUACUUUUAUGGUCUAUUCCAGACCAGCUCAGACUAAGAGUGCUUCAGAAUCCGUAUUGCCUUUGGAGAAGUAAAGACUGGGUCCUGUUGAGUGACUUUGGGAGCAUCGAGGCUUUCAAGCCAGACCAAGUGGAAUUAACUCUUCUUUAUUUCUUCUGGAACUGACUUUAAAUUAAAGUGAUAUAUUUUUAUUGGCUUCUAUGCCAUUUCAAAUGGAUCACCAAGGACCAGAUUAUUUAAGGGGGAAAAAAAAAGAUGAGAACUGCUUUGAAAUGGAAUGUUCAGCAGUGAAAUUCAGGGGUAAGAUGGGAUGGGAUCGCAUUUUCAGGGUAAAAUGGGUUGUUACUUUGUGUGUCCUUUGAAUAACAUUUAGCAUAAAGAGUCCUUUCCCCACUUCCUCCUCUCAUCUUCCUACCACAUAUCUCAAGUAUGGGGUGCUACUAAUAGUACUGCAACUUCAAUUUCUCAGUUCUCGUGGCCAACCGAAAGAACUUUUUUUCCCAAAAACAGCAAAAGAGAAGAGAAACAGGUAGGAAGCGACAAAUCAUAGUCAAGAAACUGUAGAGAAAUCUCAAGGAAUUUGUGGAAAUUGGGGCUUUGAGACUCUGAACAGCUCUUUGCUAAUGGCAGUCGUAAACUUGGGGUUUAGGAACAGAGUGAGAAUGCAAAGAGCACUGAAGGCAGAGACAACCCUCUAGGAAAGUGUUCUAGAUGGGGGGCUGGGAAAGUGGAAAUGGAGAAUGGCGGAACCAAAGAAAAUGUACACACACCUCACCCUGCUACUGGAGAAUGAAAAACAAUAAAUCCCCAACAGAGAAGGGAAACCGACUCAUUGGCUAAUUGUGAUGGACUCUCUCCCUUUUCCUCUAACACAGAAGACAUCCUUACUACAGUGAACAUCACGUAAGGGAAGAGAGAAAGAAAUAAGCAUUUAUUUAAUUUACUCUGUGCCAGG